AUGGACGACAUCGAGGACAUGAUCAGCAACGAGGAGGUGGACCGCGUGGCCUCUGCCUCUGUGCGCACGCCCAUUGUGGCCCCCAAGCCCCUCUUCGAACCGACGGCGACGCCUGUGGGCACCGCCACCAGCAGCAGCAACAGCAGCAGUUCGGACGCGGACGUCAAGGAGGGGCCUCGUGUGCCGGGGACGCAGCUCCUGUGGGUCAAGACGUACGGCUGUUCGCACAACGUGAGCGACUCGGAGUACAUGCAGGGCGUGCUCGCGAGCUACGGGUACCGCUUCACACAGGACCCCGACGUCGCGCAGCUCUGGCUGCUCAACAGCUGCACGGUCAAAGAUCCGUCGCAAGCUGCCUUCAUGCACCUGGCUCUCAAAGGCCGGAAGCUGAACAAGGCCGUGGUCGUAGCUGGCUGUGUACCGCAGGCUGACCGACACCUGAAGGGCCUCGAAGACGUCAGUAUCGUGGGCAUUCAGCAAGUGGACCGAGUUGUGGAGGUCGUGGAAGAGACGCUCAAGGGCCAUACAGUGCGCCUUUUGUCCAAGAACCGGCUGCCGGAACUGGAUCUGCCCAAAAUCCGCAAGAACCCAAUGGUCGAGAUCAUUCCGCUGAGCACGGGCUGUCUGGGAGCGUGCACGUACUGCAAGACACGUCACGCGCGUGGCAAAUUAGGGAGUUACACGGUCGAAGCGAUUGUUUCGAGAGCACAGUCGGUGAUCCGAGAGGGUGUGACGGAGAUAUGGCUGUCGAGUGAAGACACGGGAGCGUAUGGUAUCGACCUCGGCACUGAUCUGCCUACACUACUGCACAAGUUGCUGGAAGUUGUGCCAGAUGGGGUCAUGCUUCGGGUCGGCAUGACCAACCCACCGUAUAUUCUGGAUCAUUUGGAUGCUAUAGCUAAAGUCCUGAAGCACGAACGAGUUUAUGCGUUCUUGCACGUGCCUGUGCAAUCAGGCAGUGACGACGUGCUGUUGGCCAUGAAUCGCGAGUACACGGCUGGCGAAUUCUGUCGUGUGGCGGACGAGUUACUUGCUAAGGUCCCGGAUCUCACACUGGCAACCGACAUCAUCUGCGGCUUUCCGACAGAGACCGAGGAGCAUUUUGACGAAACGAUGAAGCUUGUCGAGAAGUACCGCUUUCACAUUAUGAACAUUUCGCAGUUUUACCCUCGGCCAGGAACGCCGGCAGCCAAGAUGAAACGCGUUCCAACGCAGGUGGUGAAGAACCGCAGUCGCAAGCUCACCAAGCUGUUUGAGACAUUUGAGCCGUACACGCAUCUUGUGAACACGACACAGAAGGUUUGGGUGAACACAGAGGUUUCCGACGACAAGAAGUACACGGUAGCACACACGAAAAACUACACCAAGGUUCUGCUUCCUCGCGAUGACAGCCUCAUUGGGUGUGCGGCUGAAGUGCGCGUCCUCAGCGCUGCACGAUUCCACGUUACAGGCGAGGUGAUCUCUCGCUUUCAGCCCGCAACCACAGCGGCGGCUGCCAUACGCGAACAGAUCCGAACCGAAGGUGACCUGGCGGCAGCAGAUCGAUUGAAAGCUUUGUCGAAAGCAAAGUUCACUGCAGUGUCUGCUCGCAAUGGUGAUGGCAGUGGCCAUGACCGCUUGCACGACGACGAUGGCGGCGACCACCAACGUAGAGAAGACGAAUGCUGUGGUGGCGAUGGAGCGAACUGCUCGUCUGUUGAAAAGGACAGCGGCAGCAGGUCCAGCACGGAUCCAGGGAUGGAGAAGCUGGUAACGGAGCCGAUGCGGAAGACGAAGCACAUGGAUUUCGACGUGACUGAUGGCAUGGUAUCUACAAUCACGACGGCGUUGGUGGCGAAGUGGGGUGAAGUGUGCAACGAUAAGGUGGCGCUCGCUUCUCUCGUGACCCUUGUGGCGUCGGCAUCUUUUGUCGCAGUCCGUGUGCUUACGCGCAAGUGA